AUGUCCUCCGCAGUAAUCAACACCGAUGAUGACGAUCAACUCGAACCUAGUCUCCAAUCCAUUCUUGACCAAAAGUCCCUACGCUGGAUCUUUGUCGGUGGAAAAGGGGGAGUAGGAAAAACCACUACAUCAUGUUCCCUAGCCAUUCAACUCGCCAAAGUCCGUCGUUCAGUUCUUCUCAUUUCAACAGAUCCAGCACAUAACUUGAGUGAUGCAUUCUCUCAAAAGUUUGGAAAGGAAGCCAGACUUAUAAAUGGAUUUACUAACUUAAGUGCCAUGGAAAUUGAUCCUAAUGGGAGUAUCCAAGAGCUUAUGGGACAGGCUGAGGAGGGUGAGGGACCUGCUGCGGGUAUGGGGGGAAUGAUGCAGGAUUUGGCUUUUGCUAUUCCAGGUAUUGAUGAAGCUAUGUCCUUUGCAGAAGUUCUGAAACAAGUCAAAUCUCUCUCAUACGAAACCAUCAUCUUCGAUACCGCCCCUACAGGCCACACCCUCCGUUUCCUCCAAUUCCCUACCGUUCUCGAAAAGGCUCUCGCAAAAGUCUCCCAAUUAUCCACGCAAUUUGGGCCCAUGUUGAAUGGAUUACUUGGAGCCAAUGGGGCCCUCCCAAAUGGACAAAACCUCGGCGAAAUGAUGGAGAAAUUAGAAGGUCUUCGCGAAACCAUCUCAGAGGUAAACGGACAAUUCAAAGACGAAAAUCUCACUACUUUUGUCUGUGUCUGUAUACCUGAAUUCCUUUCCCUCUACGAAACCGAGCGUAUGAUACAAGAAUUAUCAUCCUAUCAAAUCGAUACCCACUGUAUAGUGGUCAACCAAUUACUUUUCCCCAAGAAAGGAAGCGAUUGCGAUCAAUGUAAUGCGAGAAGGAAGAUGCAGAAAAAAUAUCUGGAACAGAUCGAGGAAUUAUAUGAUGAGUUUAAUGUGGUGAAGAUGCCAUUAUUGGUUGAGGAGGUUAGAGGAAAGGAAAGGUUGGAGAAAUUCAGUGAGAUGCUUAUUACGCCAUAUAUUCCGCCUACUGGAGGAUUGUAG